AUAAAAUAAUUUGUCAAGUUUGUUUUGUUCUUUGUCUCGUUGUGCAAUGUUGUCCUGCUUCUGAGUUUUGCCUGUAAUCCCGGCCAGUUCCCAUUCGUACCUAUGUUUUCGGAUUCACCACAGCCUCACAUCACAAGACACACAACCAAUCGCAUUCUGAAACACGAUUCACAUCGCGCGCAAGUUCAAAUUGCAACAACUGCAUUUUUUCACUGAACUGAAUUACUUUCGGUUCGGUCUGCUUGGAGUAACACAACGCAGCGUUUUACCCGCUUAUUUUUAUUUAGUGUUUGCGAGCCUUUUUCAUAGUCAAUGCAAUUGCAGUGCAAUAGAUUUAAUUAAUAAAACAGUAAUUUAAUAAACAAAACAGUGUCAAGGCUGUGAUUGCCAAGUAAUCAAUACCUAUCUAAUGCGCAGGUAUUGCAAAAGUUGAUAAUUAUCACAGGAACAAUAAGACACCAUACAGUUCAAGUUUAUAGAUGCAACAAGUGUUCACCUCCCACCCUGUCGUUGUGUUCAUAUUUUUUGUAAACUACUCAAGAUAAAUAAGAUUUAAUAUAAAUAUAAGUGGAAAGGAGGAAGUGUUCAUCAGUGUAAUUUUGUGUUCUAAUCACCAUGAAUCAAAAUAAGGAAUCUCUGGGCAGAUGGAAGACAAAGGAGGAUGUUCUUCAGGAUUUGGGUGUCAUCGGAGAGGCGAAGAUCAGUGAUGACUACCUUGUCAUUGGAAACGGACCCCCGCCACCAUUGAAGGAAUCUGUUGAUGACGAAUACGACCUCCGCUUUGGCGGCACGACAUACAGCGACGUGACCGCUCCACCCGACCUAAAUGGCAUCUCGGCAUUCCUUCGUAUGUUGCAUGAAGACGAAUCUUCAGAUAGCGAAAAGACAAAGCAAAACGAAAAUAAAUGCGCCAUAGAAAUAAGUAAACCAAACACUAAAUGUAAACUUAAUCCAUUAGUUAAGGAAUUUGUACCCAGGGGUAUGGUCAGUCCAAGAAAAUCGCCUAGGAGCAUAAAAUGUUCAACGUCACAUGGUAGCAAAGAUGGAGCUCCUAAAACCCCACAAAAAACUAAUCAAAAACAGUUGAAUCUACAUAGCUCAAGGAAAAGUGUGGAGAGUGCAAAAAGCCCGGCAGAUAGUAUAGAAACAACUCUAAACUCGCCAAAAGAUUGUGUACAUGAACAAGCGAAUGGACUUAGUGUUGAAACAAACAUGACUGAUAAAAUGGAGGCGGAACCGACAAAUAUAAUGAAAAGGACCAACGAACUACGUGACAAAAUAAGCCAAUCUUUAAAAUCAGAUUCGCCGAUACACAAAAAAGAACGGAACGUGGCAAUCGCCAAUCUAUUAAAACUUCAUUCGUCUAAACCUAGCCCUUAUUCGUCUAACACGAACAUUAACAUAGUAACAGAUGGAAAAGGAUUGAAAUUGUUCACACCAGAUUAUUUUAAGAACACAAAACUUCCCACGGCAUCUAAUGAUGACAAAAUUGAGACCGAACCAGAAAGAAAUGUAACUGUAAAUGAAAAGAACGAAGAUGAUACUGUUAAAGUCGAACCUAUGGAAUCUACCAUUCAAGAAUCCAUAGAGAAAGUUAAUAAUUGGUUGGAACCAAAAGCAACAUCGCCCAGUACAACCAGUUCGCCGGUUUGCACGGGUCCUGUUAUUUGCAUGGGACCUGUGUCUUUCAAGAGGAAAGAAGUCAACUGCAAAUCGCCUGCAGAUUGCGAUACGAAGAUUGCAAAAAAUAUACGUCCGUUCGCCCAAUUCAAGCCUUCUAAAUAUGCAGACGACUUGGCCAAAAAGUACACAGAAAGAAGUCAAAUGGCCGAGCAGCGAGAAAUGUCCAUUUGGGAUAAUUUAAAAAGAGAACUUAAAAAGAAGGAUGAACAAAUUAGAAAAAAGCAAGCAGCUAAUACGUUAGUAUAAUUUUAAGGAGGCUUUUGCCAGCAGUGGGAUACUAUAGCUUUUUGAAAAAGGCAUACUUUCAUGUAGAUUUUUAGCCACAUUAUUAACUUAUUUUUGUGGGAUGGAAGUACUAAUUGGACUUAUUAUCCUAUUUAUUUAAUAGAUAGUAUUAUUAUAAUUUCUAAGCUAAAACAAAUAUUUUAAUGACCGAUUUAGAUACGCUUUUGUAUCAAAAAAUCUUAAUUUUAUUUUACUAGUUGUACAAGCAAUGGAGGGCAAAAUAAUUUUCUUAAGAAGCCGUUCACAUCGCGCGACCUUACUUUUUGAAUGAAUUCUCCUAUUUUCCGAAUGAAUUCCAGACCUUCGUUCAACACGACAAUGACAAUGAUAUGGUCCGCUCGACUGAUGUGCGUAAUUUUGUGAACGGGCUCUUAAUCUGAGAUCUUAGUGCGACUUUGACAUUCGAUAUCGAUCGUCAAAGUUUUCAAAGUGAGACGCAGGAAACCAAAUCGUGGUUGUCAUCGCACGUCGCAUCAUUAUACUAUAUUGUGAUUGGUUCACUGAAUCUCACUUCGAAAACUUUCGACGGUCGAUAUGGCAAAGUUGCAUUACGGAAAUUAAGUUUAAGUGGGUAAUGGUGUAAUGACAAAUUAUUAUAUUAAAUGAGUGUGGUCUUGUCUUUAGGAAGACUGAAUAAGAAAGAACAAAUUUUCGUAUACGAAGGAUUGACUAGAAGAUUUUAAGUCUUACUAUAAAUGGACAUCAAAAGUUAGUUAUCCUCAUAUUUUAAGAUAUCGCGUGUACGUGCGUUUGCAGAGCGUUUCGAUCGCUGCGGUCGCGCUGUCAUUACAAUUUUUCAAAUUUUUACAAAGACAAGAAUGAGUUUUACUAUAUGACUGUACAUUAAUUACUAUGUACUGUAGUAAUGUCAAUUUUAUGAAUGAUUGAUUGGAAAUGAUUCCUUCCUCAAGAAAAUUGGCAAAUUGCAAUGACCGCGCAGCCACAGCGGUCAAAACACACUGCGAACCACCCUAAAAUGGAUUUUUCUAGUUGUCAUAAAUGUUUGUGUUUGACAGUUAUACUACCAAGCACGUAUAUCUAAGUGCACCAUCAGUGGUGUAUACUUUGAAUUAGGUACUUAUAAAUAAUGUACAUCAAACAGCACAUCAACCUACCCAAAUAUAUUGCAAUCUCGCCGCUGUUACGGCGCCAUAGAUGUUAAUGCAUGCUUGAUGUGCAAUUGACUGUACAUUCGUCCACUUCGUUGUAUAUACCUGUGAGAUCCACAUUCAAUUUUAAUUGACGUGUUUGAAGAAAAGGCUUCGGUGAAGUUUGUUGGCCUGCUUCUUCACAUGCGCUUUGUAAGUCGGCGAUAUACUUAGUUUUAAUUAAAUAUUCGACGUAUAUAAAUGACUAGAUGUUGCUCGGGGCUUCCCUCUCGUGGGAAUUUUGACAAUCAAUUUGAUUUAGCAAUCUUGGAAGAAUUUUUGAAAUCGGUUCGGUAGUUUCGGAGAUUGAGGCGGGUGCCUCAAACAUUCAAACUCACAAACGCUUACUUUAUAAUAAUAGUAUAGAUGUAUAUCACCCUAAGUUGAAUAGAGGAUUUUUAAAGAAAAGCACUGCUGUUUUUCCAACAUUAAUAAUUUGACAUCAUCGUUUUGAAAGGCUGUAAUAACUUUACCUAUAUUACCUGAGUUGCCUUUUUUAACGCUCUAAUCUCUGAAACUACUGGGCCGAUUCAAAUGUGUAUUCACUAUUCAUGAGGAAGCUUUUAGGCGCCUUUUUUUUUAAACGCCAAUAUGGGUGUUAUGUUACAGUUAUAUUACGUUAGCUGCCCAUCCCGACAUGAGUCGGGUAAUAAAACCAUAAUAUACACACCUAAACCUUCCUCAGAAAUCACACUAUCUAUUGAAAAACCCCGCAUCAAAAUCCGUUACGUACUUUUAAAAGUUUUAAGCAUAAAUAUGGACAGAUAGCGGGAAGCGACUUUUGAUACUAUGUGAUGAAAGUGAUUCCAUGUGUGUGCGUCUAAGAACAUUUAGCCAGGGACCAGACAAGCCGUUCGUUUGCUUAAUCCUUUGAAAAGCUUUCCCAUAUUCUUGUGUAAUCUGUUCAAUGGCUAACCCAAUCCAAUGACUAUCCCAUAUGGCCUCACCAUAACCAUUAACCCUUUCAAAGGAUUUCCCAUGUGAUAUGGCUAACUCUUUCGAACGGGUAACCCGUUCGUUACAGCGCUUACCCCGUUUGGCUUUCCCCUUAAAUACCUAUGUAGGGAGAGGGGUGUAGUUUUCAUCACACCCCGCUCCUGUGUAAAUUUGCUCCGUGUGUGAAGAGCCUAAAAGACACGAAACGACACAUUGAAUCGUGUAAAUAAAAACGCAUCGCUUUACCGCACGUGCUUAGUACGUAUUUGUUGUGCAUUGCAAUUUAUGUAGUCGUUGAUAUAGCGCUUACCAAAGCAAAUUGAACGGGUUACAGCACCGAACGGAUUUCGAAAGCAAACCCAUUCCAAAAACCCCUUCAAAACCCGUGAAAGGGAUAGCGGUCCGGUCCCUGCGUUAGCUUCCAAAACCACUUGAUCCGUAAUAACAAAUUAUUAUAAUGAUCUUCGUAUAUGUUGCGUGGUGAUCGGGGUUAAACCACAGUAAAGUCUUUAUUUAAUAUUACACUCACUUAUAUACCUGAGUUAGAAUCGUGGAUCGGGUCGUGAGGUUC